AUGGAGCCGCUGGAGGAGCAGCUCGACGUCCUCUGGGAAGAAAACCGUCAGAAGAGGAGAGAGAAAAUUGAUGCACUGAACACUGCGCUCAUCCAGCGCGUGCGUGGUGAUGUGGAUGUCAUUCAGCGGGACGUGCAGUCCCUUCUGAUAGGCGAGAAGCCAGAGUUGGAGCGACACAUAGAACGCCUCCUGCACAUGGCGGAGGAGUUAGCUGCAGGCAUUGAGGUCUGGCAGCAGAAAGCCAUGAGCUCUAUUGACUCCAUCGACAAGGAGCAAAAGGCGCUGGGAAGCAUGGUGCAGGAAGUCUCCAUCCGUACCACCGCCAGAAAAGAGGACCUGUUGAAGCGGCAAGAGCAGCGUGCCGAGGAGGUUCGCACAUUGUGCAUGGAACGGCUAAAGGAGGUUGAGCUGAAGUUGUAG